GGCACCUACAAGAAGGUGUCUGUGACGCCGGCGGCUGAUGUGAAGACGGGAGGGAUUUACCAGCUGCGACAGGGCCUUAAUCGCCGCAUCCGCAUUUUCGUUCGACCCAACGAACUCACCAAGAAGGAACGGGGCAUGCUGCCGGUCGAAUGCGAGGCUGUGACACAGGUUAGUGAGAAGGCGAGGGCUUGUCCACCAAACGUUGCCCAAAGAUCGUCAAGAUCGCACUAUAAGCACCCAAAGUAUAAAUAA